AUUCUCUCUCUCUAUCACUCUCUCACUCUACAAUUUGUGUCACUCUCCAACUCUCUCUCUCUCUUUCUCUCACUUGGUUUCUCUCUCUAAAAUCUCGGGUUUCUUUUAAGACUCUCUUUCUACAGUCACGCCGUUGAAACGGCUCCAUUUUAGGGUUUUCGCUUCUCAAAGUGGAUCAAGACCUGUGUGAAGAAAUCUCUGCAGCGGUGAAUUUUCGAAGGUAAAAGAGGGAUUUCUUGAUAAACCGAUCUGGCAAAUGGAUCCCUCUGAGCUAAACGGUAGUGAGGCAGAGCUAAAUGGUAAUGGGGCGGAGCUAAAUGGUAACGGGGCGGAGCUGAAUGGUAAUGGGGCGGCAGAAGGUAAUGGAGGUUCAGAAGAAGCACUGCCUCCUCCUCCACCUAUCCCCCCAAACGUUACUCCAAUAAAAGCCGAGCCAGAAGUGAAAAAGAUCACCCGUGUUCCAAUGGCUAGACGAGGCCUUGGAACCAAAGGAAACAAAGUUCCGAUUCUGACCAAUCACUUCAAAGUGAAUGUCAACAGUGUUGAUGGCUACUUCUUCCAUUACAGUGUUGCCCUUGCAUAUGAAGAUGGCCGCCCUGUUGAUGGCAAGGGCAUUGGUCGGAAAGUGCUCGACAGAGUUCACGAGACGUACGAUUCUGAGUUGGCUGGCAAAGAGUUUGCUUAUGAUGGGGAGAAGAGUUUGUUCACUGUGGGCCCGCUUCCGAGGAAUAAACUCGAGUUCACUGUUGUUCUUGAGGACGUUACCUCGAGCAGGAACAAUGGAAAUGCGAGUCCAGGUUCUGAAAAUCCCAACGACAGUGACAGGAAAAGGCUGAGGCGACCGUACCAGUCUAAAACUUUCCAAGUCGAGAUCAGCUUUGCUGCAAAGAUUCCCAUGCAGGCAAUUGCCAACGCGUUACGCGGACAAGAAUCUGAAAACUCUCAAGAGGCUUUACGUGUUCUUGAUAUCAUACUAAGGCAACAUGCAGCAAAGCAGGGUUGUUUGUUGGUUCGCCAGUCGUUUUUCCACAACGACCCGAAGAAUUUCUCUGAUGUUGGAGGUGGGGUCCUCGGCUGCCGAGGCUUCCACUCGAGUUUUAGGACAACCCAGAGUGGAUUGUCUUUGAACAUUGAUGUAUCUACAACAAUGAUAAUCCAGCCUGGUGAUGUAGCGAACUUCCUUGUUGCUAACCAAAAUUGCAGGGACCCCUUUUCGGUCGAUUGGGCAAAGGCUAAACGAACGCUGAAGAAUUUGAGGAUCACCGUAAGUCCGACUAACCAGGAGUUCAAAAUAACUGGUCUAAGCGAGAAGUCUUGCAGAGAGCAAACUUUCACAUUGAAGCAGAAAAGCAAGGAUGGCGAUGGUGAAUUUCAAACAACAGAAGUGACUGUGUACGACUACUUUGUGAACCAGCGGAACAUCGACUUGCGAUUCUCUGCUGACUUACCAUGCAUUAAUGUCGGAAAGCCAAAGCGCCCGACUUACUUCCCAGUCGAGCUAUGCUCUCUUGUGUCACUGCAACGCUACACGAAAGCUCUAUCUACACUUCAAAGAGCUUCAUUGGUCGAGAAAUCACGCCAAAAGCCACAAGAAAGGAUGUCUGUUCUGAGCAAUGCUUUGAAAAUCAACAAGUAUGAUUCAGAGCCUAUGCUUCGUGCUUGUGGUGUCUCGAUCAAUAACAACUUCACUCAGGUUGAAGGGCGUGUGCUGCCAGCCCCUAAGCUCAAAGUUGGUAAUGGAGAGGACUUGUUUGCUAGGAACGGCCGAUGGAACUUCAACAACAAGAGGUUUGUUAAUGCGUGUAAGGUUGAGCGAUGGGCUGUGGUGAACUUCUCUGCUCGUUGCGAUGUGCGUGGCCUGAUCAGAGAUUUGAUUAAAGUCGGCGAAUCGAAAGGAAUCAUUGUAGAAGAUCCGUUUGAUGUUUUCGAAGAGAAUCAGCAGUUUCGAAGAGCUCCGCCUAUGGUUAGGGUUGAGAAGAUGUUUGAAGAGGUGCAGUCCAAGCUUCCGGGCCCACCAAAAUUCCUACUCUGUUUGCUUCCCGAGCGUAAAAACUGUGCACUUUAUGGCCCGUGGAAGCGCAAAAACUUGUCCGAAUUCGGAGUUGUUACCCAAUGCCUGGCUCCACAGCGAGUUAACGAUCAGUAUCUGACAAACCUUCUGCUGAAGAUAAAUGCAAAGCUUGGUGGGUUGAACUCCGUGUUAGCUAGUGAACUUUCGCCUACAAUUCCGAUGGUGUCAAAGCUGCCGACAUUGAUUCUUGGUAUGGACGUCUCUCAUGGUUCGCCUGGACAGUCUGAUAUUCCAUCGAUUGCUGCGGUUGUUAGCUCUAGGCAAUGGCCUUCGGUUUCUCGUUACAGAGCAUGUGUUCGCACUCAAUCUCCAAAGAUGGAAAUGAUUGAUUCCCUGUUCAAACGUGUUUCCGAUUCUGAAGAUGAUGGAAUUAUGAGGGAGGCUCUGCUGGAUUUCUAUGUUAGUUCUGGGAAACGAAAGCCCGACCAAAUCAUCAUUUUCAGGGAUGGUGUGAGUGAAUCUCAAUUCAAUCAAGUCCUCAAUAUUGAACUGAGCCAAAUUAUAGAGGCUUGCAAAUUCCUUGACGAAAAAUGGAAUCCCAAGUUUGUCGUAAUCAUUGCACAGAAGAAUCACCACACUAAGUUUUUCCAGCCGAAUUCUCCCGAUAAUGUGCAGCCAGGGACUGUGAUUGAUAACAAAGUUUGUCAUCCGAGGAACAACGACUUCUACCUGUGUGCCCAUGCGGGCAUGAUCGGAACAACGAGGCCUACACAUUACCAUGUUCUGCUCGACGAGAUGGGUUUUUCUACCGAUGAUUUACAGGAGCUUGUUCACUCACUUUCUUACGUAUACCAGCGCAGCACCACUGCUAUAUCGAUUGUUGCUCCAAUCUGCUACGCGCACUUGGCAGCGACUCAGUUGGGGCAGUGGAUGAAGUUCGAAGACACAUCGGAGACUUCGUCAAGCCUUAACGGGGCCGCGCCAGGUGGCGCGCCAGCUGUACCGCCUAUGCCUAAGUUAUCGGAGAGCGUCCGCAACUCCAUGUUUUUCUGUUAAGAAAAAAAAAGAGAGGCAUUUCAUGUGGUGCUUCUUGUUAUGUUAGAAAACAAUUUAGCUUUUGACUACUAGGUUUUGUGUGUUUGACUUAUCGUUUGACUCGUGUGUUUUUAUGUGGUAAUCGAGUGCAGAACUCGUAACUUAUGUAGUAUUAGUAGUCUGCCUGCCCUAAGUAGUAGUUAACUGUGACAAGCCUCUCCCUCUGUGCAAUGUUUUUUUCUGUUUCUGGAUUUUGGUAAUCUGUUUAUUGCAUGGGAGUUAAACUCGUUGCUUGUCGAACUUUGUGCAUCGUUUGGUUUAAAUUUGUGCAUAUGUUAUUGAUAUUUCAUGUUCC